CGCCUCCUUUCAUUCUGCUAGUUGCUGCUCUCUUGCGGCAGCUUAGCGUAUCUUCCACUUGGAUUCGACCUUCGAAGAAAAUGGCUGCCCUUUGCUGCAGAGUUUUGGCCCAGACUUCUCGCCGAAAUGUGAUUUAUUCCACCGCUAGAUACGCCAACAAAAUGAUGGCGGAUCCAUUGGAGCACGCUACCGGCCUUGAGAAGAGAGAACUUCUGGCCGAGGCUGCGGGCAAUGAUAACCCUUUCGAUAUGAAAAUUUUUAAGCGUGGUCCUGGUACCAAGGACAGCCCAAAUCUGGUGCCCUCGUGCUUCGAGUCGAGGAUCGUGGGCUGCGUGUGCGAAGAAGAUGCUACCUCAGUCAACUGGAUGUGGCUGCACCAGGGAACCCCCAGGCGAUGCGAGUGCGGCUACUGGUUCAAGCUGACCAAGCGUGCCCCCGUAUAAAUCUAGGGCCAGCCCGUCAUGUAUAGUUCCCAGCCAUUUCCUUUGUUAAAUUACUUACAGAUGAAUGUGGCGGCCGAAGCUCCGCGAAGUCCACCUUUCGUGGAGCUGCACGGCUGUGCAUGUUAUUUUCUCGAGUAAAUGAUGCAUUGUAAUUAUUAAAUAAACAACUUACAAGUUAGAA